UUAUGUAUAAAGGAGCAGGUGCGCUGGGGGAAGUUAUUGAGAAUGCUGAGUUGUAUCCCAUACGAGGCCUCUUUAACUUCAGCAGUUUCUUCCAUGACAUCGAUGAUUAUUACUAUUGCAGAAAUGGGUAUGAGCGUGGUGUUUCCACUGGUUGGAGAGCUUUGAAUGACUUGUACAAUGACAGAGACUGAGUAUGUGAGUCAGAUGCUAACCAAGAUCAAACGUUUUGCUGAACAUCAUUCAUGUCAUGUAUGGUUCGUUGCGCAUCCCAGACAGCUUCAACAAUGGGGAGGUGGUGCACCAAAUCUGUAUGAUAUUAGUGGAAGUGCACAUUUUAUCAAUAAAUGUGAUAAUGGUAUUGUCAUUCAUCGGAACCGGGAUGAAAAAGCCGGGCCUCUUGACCGCGUUCAGGUUUGUGUGCGCAAGGUACGAAAUAAGGUAAUAGGGAAUAUUGGAGACGCUUUCUUAUCAUAUGACCGGGUUCAUAUGUAGCCUUAUGAAGGGUUAAGAGAAGAGAUUCAAAAUCUUAUGAAGAUAAUAUGAAGAAAUAGAUUUUUGAGAACCUAUCUCUCAGUAUUGCUCCUCUACGGUGACGGGUGGAUUUCAAUUGGAGGCUUUUUCUCUUGAGGAAGCUAUUUUGGAUUGAUCUCGUGACAGAUUAUUGUAGAAAUUCGGAAAGCGUUUCAGGUAUUCUUCUAAUAUUUAAUUAAUUUUGAUUAAUAGUCAUGAUAUGCUUUUUCCGCUGCGUUGUAUGUCAUGAUUCCAACAUUUAGAUGAUGAUGCCCGAAGUAAGUAGAUUUAGCACAAUACUUAAAAAAAAAGUCCAUGUCGGAUAUGUUCGUGAGAGAGCCACCUAACGGUAUACAGUGCAAUACAAAAAGAACAGGAUCUUUAACGAUGUAUCUUCAGAGCUUGCUGUGUACUUAAGAUUGCAGCAGUUUUACAUCCAGUUUGAGUGUGUAGUGGUCGGUGCCACCAACCAUUUGUAUGCUCAUCGGUAUGAAUCAAAUGUUAAUAUUAUUUUUUUCGAGAUUCUUUUUUGUUACUCAAUUUUACAUGAGUUCCAUUGUUAGUGCUGUGUA